AUGUCUGAAGCUAUCAUUUCAUACGCUGCUUUGAUCCUGGCUGAUGCCGGAAAGGAAAUUAGCGCUGACAACUUGUCCGCUAUCGCUAAGGCUGCCGGUGCCUCCGUUGACCAAGUUUGGGCCGAUGUUUUCGCCAAAGGUUUGGAAGGCAAGGAUUUGAAGGAAUUAUUGUUUUCUUUUGCCGCCUCUGGUCCAGCCACUGGUGGUGCUGCUGCCGGUGGUGCUGCUGCUGCUGCUGGUGAAUCCGAGGCUGCUGCUGCUGAGGAGGCCGAAGAGGAGAACGAGGAGUCCGACGACGACAUGGGAUUCGGUCUAUUUGACUAA